AUUAUUCUAGCAUCACGGCAGCAGGUUUCCAAGCUUGGAGUUACUCUAGUCACCACAACUGUAUGCCUGCUUGAAGUAGUUAAACAGGGCACUGCAGCACAAGGAGUCUGCAUGUCUGCUUAGACAUGCUCAGCUUUGUGGAUAACCGGAUUCUGUUGCUGCUUGCAGUAACUUCAUUUCUAGCAUCAUGCCAAUCGGGCCCAACGGGAGCGAAAGGACCUCGAGGUGACAGGGGUCCCCAAGGCCGUAAUGGAAGAGAUGGUAAAGAUGGACUCCCCGGCGUUGCCGGGCCCCCUGGUCCCCCUGGACUUGGAGGAAACUUUGCUGCUCAGUUUGAUGGAGGAAAAGGCAUCGACCCCGGACCUGGACCCAUGGGUUUGAUGGGAUCUAGAGGGCCCAACGGACCUCCCGGAUCCCCUGGACCCCAAGGAUUCACAGGACACGCUGGAGAGCCUGGAGAGCCCGGACAGACUGGCUCCAUUGGUGCUCGUGGACCUUCUGGAUCCGCUGGCAAGCCCGGUGAGGAUGGUAACAACGGCAGACCUGGAAAGCCUGGUGACAGAGGUGGCCCUGGAACUCAGGGUGCUCGUGGGUUCCCCGGAACUCCUGGACUUCCUGGAAUGAAGGGACACAGAGGUUACAAUGGUCUGGAUGGACGCAAGGGAGAGUCUGGUUCAGGAGGUGCUAAGGGUGAGACAGGUGCCCAUGGAGCUAACGGAAACCCCGGACCAGCUGGUUCUCGUGGUCUGAAUGGUGAGAGAGGCCGUGCCGGCCCUGCUGGCCCCGCUGGUGCCCGUGGUGCUGAUGGAAGCACCGGACCCGCCGGCCCUGCUGGUCCUCUUGGAGCAGCUGGCCCCCCUGGUUUCCCUGGAGCCCCUGGCCCCAAGGGAGAGAUCGGAGGUGCUGGAGCCAAUGGCCCAUCCGGACCUCAGGGAGGCAGAGGAGAGCCCGGUACUAAUGGAGCCGUUGGCCCCGUCGGUCCCGUUGGUAACCCUGGUAACAACGGUAUCAACGGCGCCAAGGGAGCUGCUGGUCUCCCCGGUGUUGCUGGAGCCCCUGGUUUCCCCGGCCCAAGAGGAGGUCCCGGCCCCCAGGGCCCUCAGGGAUCCACUGGAGCUAGAGGCCUUGGUGGUGACCCUGGACCCUCUGGACAAAAAGGAGAUUCUGGUGCUAAGGGAGAGCCUGGUCACUCUGGUGUCCAGGGUGCCGCUGGUCCCGCUGGUGAGGAGGGCAAGAGAGGCUCAACUGGCGAGGCUGGUGCCACCGGGCCCGCUGGUCUGCGUGGAGCUAGAGGAGGUGCUGGAACUCGUGGUCUGCCUGGUCUGGAGGGAAGAGGUGGUCCCAUUGGUAUGCCCGGAGCUCGUGGAGCCACCGGCCCUGGUGGUAUCCGUGGAGCCCCUGGUGAUGCCGGUCGUGCUGGCGAGUCUGGUCUGACUGGAGCCAGAGGCCUGCCCGGAAACUCUGGACAGGGUGGACCCCCAGGCAAGGAAGGCCCAUCUGGUGCUGCUGGUCUGGACGGACGCACUGGUCCCCCCGGCCCAACUGGACCCAGAGGCCAGCCCGGUAACAUCGGAUUCCCCGGCCCCAAGGGACCUGGAGGUGAGGCUGGCAAGGGUGGUGAUAAGGGACCAACUGGUGCAACUGGUCUGAGAGGCGGCCCAGGUGCUGAUGGUAACAAUGGAGCCCCCGGCCCAGCUGGAGUCGUUGGUAACGCUGGUGAGAAGGGAGAGCAGGGACCCUCUGGUGCACCAGGUUUCCAGGGUCUGCCCGGCCCCGCUGGACCUGCUGGAGAGGCUGGCAAAGCUGGCAACCAAGGUAUGCACGGAGACCAGGGACUCCCUGGACCCGCUGGCGUCAAGGGAGAGCGUGGAAACUCUGGUCCUGCUGGCUCUGCUGGAUCUCAGGGUGCCAUCGGUGCUCGUGGACCUGCUGGAACUCCAGGCCCCGAUGGUGGCAAGGGAGAGCCUGGUUCUGUCGGCAUUGCUGGCGGCCCUGGACACCAAGGACCCGGUGGCAUGCCCGGUGAGCGCGGUGCCGGUGGUACUCCUGGACCCAAGGGUGAGAAGGGUGAGGGUGGACACAGAGGACUUGAGGGUAACAUGGGAAGAGAUGGAGCCCGUGGUGCCGCCGGACCAAGUGGACCCCCUGGACCUUCCGGUGCUAAUGGUGAAAAGGGUGAGUCUGGCUCCUUCGGCCCUGCCGGACCUGCUGGUCUUCGUGGACCCAGUGGAGAGCGUGGAGAGGGUGGACCUGCCGGACCUCCUGGCUUUGCCGGACCCCCUGGUUCUGAUGGUCAGUCUGGACCUAGAGGAGAGAAAGGACCCGCUGGUGGAAAGGGAGAUGUCGGCCCCGCCGGCCCUGCUGGACCUGCUGGCCAAUCUGGACCUUCUGGUGCUAGUGGACCCGCUGGCCCCCCUGGUGGUCGUGGUGAUGCUGGACCUUCUGGUCUGACUGGUUUCCCUGGUGCUGCCGGUAGAGUUGGAGGCCCCGGUCCCGCUGUAAGUACACACACACAUACACACACACACACCUCUCACUUUUUCCCCCUCAAUAACCACUUAUCCCGUCCUCUUCCCUACACACAGGGUAUUUCUGGGCCCCCUGGCUCCGCCGGUCCCGCUGGUAAGGAUGGUCCUCGUGGUCUCCGUGGUGAUUCUGGUCCCGGGGGACCUCAGGGAGAGCAUGGACAAAUUGGACCCUCUGGUAUCGCUGGAGACAAGGGACCCACUGGAGAGAGCGGUCCUCCCGGUGCUCCUGGUACCGCUGGACCCCAAGGUGUGCUCGGACCCUCUGGCUUCGUUGGUCUGCCUGGUUCCCGUGGUGACAAGGGUCUUCCUGGUGGUCCUGGUGCUGUGGGUGAGCCUGGUAGACUUGGACCCGCUGGUGCCUCUGGACCCCGUGGUCCCGCCGGUAACAUUGGCAUGCCCGGUAUGACUGGUACUCAGGGAGAGGCUGGACGUGAGGGUAGCACUGGCAACGAUGGACCUCCCGGCCGUCCCGGAACUGCUGGCUUCAAGGGUGACCGUGGUGAGCCUGGUUCUCCUGGAGCCCUUGGAAGCUCUGGUCAACCCGGACCUAACGGACCCUCCGGCGCCGUCGGCAGACCUGGAAACCGUGGAGAGUCUGGCCCAACUGGAAAUGGUGGUCCCGUCGGUGCUGCUGGUGCCCGUGGUGCCCCCGGCCCCGCUGGUCCCCGUGGAGAGAAGGGUGGGGCUGGAGAGAAAGGAGACAGAGGCAUGAAGGGUCUGCGUGGACAUGGUGGUCUCCAGGGAAUGCCCGGACCAAACGGACCAUCUGGUGAGACUGGCUCUGCUGGUAUCACUGGACCUGCUGGACCCAGAGGCCCUGCUGGACCCCAUGGUCCCCCUGGUAAGGAUGGUAGAGCUGGAGGUCAUGGUGCUAUCGGACCUGUUGGACACCGUGGUUCCCCUGGACAUCUCGGACCUGCUGGUCCCCCCGGCUCUCCUGGUCUUCCCGGACCCGCAGGUCCCGCUGGUGGUGGAUACGACCAGUCUGGUGGAUACGAUGAGUACAGAGCCGACCAGCCCUCUCUCAGGGCCAAGGACUACGAGGUGGAUGCCACCAUCAAGUCCCUAAACUCCCAGAUCGAGAACCUGCUCACCCCCGAGGGUUCCAAGAAGAACCCCGCCCGUACCUGCAGAGACAUCAAACUCAGCCACCCUGAAUGGAGCAGUGGUUUCUACUGGAUCGACCCCAACCAGGGCUGCAUCGCUGACGCCAUCAAGGCCCACUGCGACUUCUCCACCGGACACACCUGCAUCCACCCUCACCCAGAGAGCAUCGCCCGCAAGAACUGGUACAGGAGCUCUGAGAACAAGAAGCACGUCUGGUUCGGAGAGACCAUUAACGGUGGUACUGAGUUUGCGUACAAUGACGAGACCCUGAGCCCCCAGAGCAUGGCCACUCAGCUGGCCUUCAUGCGUCUCCUGGCCAACCAGGCCACCCAGAACAUCACGUACCACUGCAAGAACAGCGUGGCGUACAUGGACGGCGAGAACGGCAACCUGAAGAAGGCCGUGCUCCUGCAGGGCUCCAACGACGUGGAGCUGAGUGCCGAGGGCAACAGUCGCUUCACUUUCAACGUUCUGGAGGACGGCUGCACUAGACACACUGGCCAGUGGAGCAAGACAGUCAUUGAAUACAGAACAAAUAAACCAUCUCGCCUGCCCAUCCUCGACAUUGCACCUUUGGACAUUGGUGGAGCUGAUCAAGAGUUUGGUUUGGACAUUGGCCCAGUCUGUUUCAAAUAAAUGGACUUAUGAUAAAUUAAAAAAAGAGAGAAAGAAAAAAAGAAUCUCUGCCCUUCUUUCUGUGUUGUUUUUAUACUGAAUGCUGAUUUUCCACUGCGCAUCCACUUGCUUAAACUGGGCUCUAUCGGAGAGGACCAAUGGACUGAACGGAGCGUUGUGCAAUGCAAAUGAAUACAGCAGCCCAAAGAGACGCGGGAAAACACCAUGUUGUGGAACAUGUCAUCAUUUUGUAAAAAAUAAAAGAAGUGUAAUAAAAACGCUGAACGUAUGCAUCACUUUGUGGUCUUUGUAUAUCUUCCAAUGAGGAGGUUUAAAACCACAAAAAUAUUACAAAAAAAGGUUGAAGCUACCUCAUGCCUGUUUUUUUUUGAAAAAAAUAUUGAGAACCUGUCUGAUCCACAACCUAGAAGUUACGAGUUCUACGGCUUCAAGCUCCGUCCUGUAUCAAAGGUGCUGAAUUACUUGAAGCAGAGACCCAUGGUGCUAAACAUCCAGCUGUGUAGGAGCAGGAAACCACUCUCAUUCUUACUGUGUUUCUUUGUAUUGACUGAGUCUUGCACAGGUCCCCCCCUGAUUAACCCCAUUUUAAGCAGGUGGAAUUUCCUAAGUCUGGUCUGAUGUUUGUCUGGUUUUGACCGUUUAAAAAAAAAAAAAACUUUUUGUUCAUUUUUGUCUCGAAGUUUUGAUUUGUUUUUGUUCAGCCAUUUUUCUCCUUCAAUUCCCCCUUCAAUGCAGUGUUCAUGCUGACAGCACAUUAUUUCAUCCAUUUUGAAUGGAUUUUAGGCGGCCUCUCUCUCUCUCAAAAGAAAAAAACCACAAAGUUUAUUGUACCUAUUUUGUAUAUGUGAGAUGUUUAAAUCGAUUGUGAAAAGUUCUGAAAUAAAGCAUGUCCAAUGUUCCCAAACACCAUUCAAUGACUAAAGUGCUUUCAUGUUUUAGAAUGAUAAUAUCAUUAAAUGAUGUUGGCGUUGAA